AUAUGGUCAUAGUGGAAGGGAGAACGCUCGAUAAAGAACAUCCUGAUCGACUAGCAUCUCAGCACGAACUCGCAGGGGCAUACAAAUCCAACGGGCAGAUCAAGCAGGCCGUGGAGCUACUUGAGCACGUGGUCGCGGUGCGAGAGAGAACUCUCGAUGAAGAACAUCCUGAUCGACUAGCGUCUCAGCGCACUCUCCGAGG